CGCCACGUGUCCUGACAGGAAUCACUUAUCGCAUCUCCUCUCAUAUUUAGAUGACCACACACAUGCACUAGUGCGAGAGACGCACAGAGAGAAGAAAUGGCUGCUUCAGUGAUGCUUUCAUCGGUGACGUUGAAACCCGCGGGUUUCACGGUGGAGAAGAUGUCAGCAAGAGGAUUGCCGACGCUCACAAGAGCUCCUUCUUCCUUCAAGAUUGUCGCGAGUGGAGUUAAGAAGAUCAAGACCGACAAGCCCUUUGGAGUUAACGGCAGCAUGGACUUGAGGGACGGCCUCGACGCCUCCGGCAGAAAGGGCAAGGGAUAUGGUGUUUACAAAUUCGUUGACAAGUACGGAGCUAACGUGGAUGGAUACAGUCCUAUCUACAACGAGGACGAGUGGUCAGCGAGUGGUGAUGUGUACAAGGGAGGAGUCACCGGAUUAGCAAUCUGGGCGGUGACACUCGCCGGAAUUCUCGCCGGAGGAGCUCUUCUUGUGUACAACACAAGUGCUCUGGCUCAGUAAAUCUAUAAGACGUGUGUAACUCAAGUUUCUCUAAAAUGUUUUGUGUUAUUCUUCUCUUAAUGUUGUUGAAAACUCAUAACAUACUUUGAAUCUAUAAGAAUUCUAGCUAGUGUUUUGUAUACAUAUUCA